AUGAAACCCCUUCCCUUCCCAUUUCCCCUGAACAUCGGCACAGACAUCGUCCACAUCCCACGAAUAACCCGCCUCCUCACCCGACCCAACUAUCUCCCACGAUUCACGCGCCGCAUUCUCUGCGACCAAGAACAGCACGACUUUCACACGCGCUUCAGCGAAGUCCUCAAAGCACGCGCCGCAUACCAUCAACAGCCUACACCUGUGCCGGCGGACAUAACACGCUGGCUGGCGGGACGCUUCGCGGCAAAAGAGGCGGCGCGAAAAGCGGCGCCGUCCGGUGCGGCUUCGAUUGGCUGGAAGGAUGUCAUGGUCCGGGUUCAGGAGGAUGGAGGGAGGUUUGGCGAGGAUGUAAGUCGGAGACCUGAGAUUGUUUAUCUUGGGAAUGCGCUGGAUGGGGAUACGGGUGAGGGGAGGGUUGCGAAGUUAUCGAUCUCGCAUGAUGGGGAGUACGUCGUUGCUACUGUUUUGGCUGCUGGAUGA